GUAGAAUAUUUUUAAAUGGGCUUACAUACAUCAAAAAAGAUUAUACUUAAUAAUAUACCGAAAAAUGUUCAUCCGAAGGAGGAGGCAAAUUUCUUAUCUCACUUUUUAUUCUGUUGGCAGCUAAAAACACUUUUAAAGUGUUGGAAAAAUGGAAUAACUGACGACAAUUUUGUAACACCGAUAAGAGAUCAUGAGACACAAUUGUUAGGCGACAGACUGGAAGCACUAUGGAAUAAGGAAAAAAUUUCAAGAAAAAAACCUUCUUUUACCAGAGCCCUGGCACAAUUUUUAGGUAUCAAAUAUGUGCUUUGGGGAUUAAUUUUUUCUAUAACCGAUACGCUAUCAACAUUCCUCCAAUCGCUAUAUCUGGGUAAAUUACUGGAAUAUUUCUCAGAAAACACGAAACUCACGACUAAAGAGGCAUAUAUUUAUGGAUUGGCCGUAGUUUUAGCCCUUUUACUUCGAGUGAUAAGUUUCCAGUUCCAUUAUUUGGAAAUUUUCAACACUGGUUUGAAAAUUCGUGCAUCGUGCUGUUCUUUAAUUUAUAGAAAGACUAUAAACUCUAAAUUAGCUACCAUACAAAAAAAUACUUUAGCACAUAUAUUAAACUUGUUCUCUAGCGACGUUGACAAAUUUGAGACGGUUUUUUGUUAUAUUCACCGCAUGUGGAACGGUAUUUUGAAAAUCAUCGUAGCAAUAUUGUUCUUUCUUUCAUUGUCUGGUUACAAAGGGGUCAUGGGAGCAGGAAUAAUGGUAAUUUUUGCACUUUCCCAAUAUUUUUUUUUCACAGGAGCUGCUGCUCGACGACGAAAAGUAACCAAAGAAAGGGACAAUCGGAUACGGAUAAUGAACGAUAUCAUUUUUAGAAUGCGAGAAAUCAAAAUGUAUGCCUGGGAAACACCUUUCGCUGAUCUCAUACAUAAAAUUAGAAGAUGUGAACUUACCCAAAUGAAAAAACUAAAUCAUAUAUCGAAUGAAAACACCACGAUUGCGACAUACAUUCCCAAAAUAUCGAUUUACAUGUUUAUUUCGCUUUUAACAACUACUGGUACUGCUUUAAACCCACAGAUGGUUUUUAUGUCAAUAAACAUAUACAAUUUACUUAAAUCGUCGCUGCAACAUUCAAUUUCUGCUGUUAAUUUAAUGUCAGAAGUUAAAGUAACUAUAGCCCAUAUCCAAAGUUUUUUGCUUUCGGAUGAUGAAGUGGCUGUUGACACACAAAAAAUAGAAGAUAUGCGAGGUUGUAGAAUUUAUGCUCGUAAUUUAACAGCUAAAUGGAACCCACUACAAAAGGCGACGAUAAAAGAUAUAAAUUUUGAACUUGGUUCUAGUCAAUUAGUUGCUGUUACCGGAGACACAGGGAGUGGAAAGUCAUCUUUACUCCAAACUAUAUUACGAGAAUUAUUUAUAAUGGACGGUAUUCUCUCCCAGGAGGGUUUGAUAUCUUAUGCAUCACAAAAUCCAUGGGUGUUCUCGGCAACUAUCCAAGAAAACAUUGUAUUUAAUGAAACGUUUAACAACAACAAGUAUUUGAAUGUUCUUAAAAUUUGCGCUUUGGAGUAUGACAUAUCUCUUUUUUCCCAUGGAGACAAAACAUUGGUGGGAGAAAGAGGAGCUAUGUUAAGUGGAGGCCAAAAAGCCAGAAUUAACUUGGCACGAGCUAUAUACAAAGAUGCAGACAUCUAUCUUUUGGAUAAUCCUCUAGCGGCGAUGGAUGUAUCUGUCGCUCAACAAAUAUUUACUCAAUGUAUUUUGAAAUAUCUAAAAGGCAAAAGUGUUGUACUAAUAACACACAAUUUAAAAUUUCUCAAUUAUUCCGACCGAGUAUAUGUUCUAGAAGAUGGGAAGGUAAACUUUUCUGGAAAAUAUGAAACAUUAGAAGAGACACCAAAUAACGUACAAGAAAACGGUGACAAAGCAUCGACAAAGCUUUCGGAAAAAAAAUCUGAAGCUCAAGUUGAAACUAAAGAACACAGAGGUAGUGAUAAAAUCAACACAUUUACAACAUACUUAUUUGCAAACGAACGCAAGUUCUUCGUCUAUCUUCAGUUCCUCCUUUUUGUUUUAACUCAAGUUUUCAUAAAUGGUUCAGACGCGUUCUUGUCUUUCUGGAUCAACCUAAGGCAAAAUCCUUCUAGUUUUAAUACAACACUACUGCAGUACUUUUCCGACGUUAAAUGUUUGUACAUUUACAGUGGAUUUAUUCUAAUAAUGGUAUUCUUGUAUCAUAUGGGUUCUUUAAACUUUGUGGAAUGUUGUUAUAAGUGCUCUGUUAAGUUACACGAUACGUUGUUCAACAAAAUCCUGUAUGGAACUAUGGAGUUUUUCGACAACCAUGCAUCUGGUCGAAUUAUUAACAGAAUUUCUAGUGAUAUGAGUGCAAUCGAUGAGACCAUUCCCAAAAAUUUGUAUCAAGUCGUGAGACAAGCGUAUACUGUGUUGGGUGUCUGUCUUGUUGUUACUGCAGUAAAUUAUUACAUGAUUCUUCCAACACUAAUUUUGUUGAUAAUUUUUUAUUGCUAUUGGCAAGCUUUCCGACCAGUGCUUAACAGAUUGAAGAAAAUCGCUGCCACACGUAAAAGUCCGAUUUAUACUCAUGUGGUUGCUACCGUUGACGGAUUAUCAACCAUCAAAGCAUCAAGAGCCCAAAAAUACUGUUUAUCAAAAUUUGAAACCCAUCAAGACUGCUAUAACUCUAUUAGAUAUCUGCAUCAAGCUCUGCACGGUUCUUACGCUUUUUGGACAGAUUUCACGUGCAUGUUAUAUGUAGCCGUUGUCAUAUUUUUUUUAAUAAUCUUCAAAAAAAGUGAUAUGGUAGGAAACGUUGGUUUAUCCAUUACACAAUCGCUGUUAUUGAUUUCGUCGACUCAGAACAUGAUAAAAAUUUAUGGCGAGCUUGACUCGCACAUGACUUCAGUUGAAAGAGUUGCGGAAUAUGAUGACCUAACAGUUGAAAAUAUUAAUAAAAGUGAAAUUAAUCCCCCUAGCGCAUGGCCUGCAGAAGGCAAAAUACUAUUUCAAUCGGUCUUCAUACGAUAUUCUCCCGAAAAACCGUUUGUCCUUAGAAACAUCAGUGUGGAUUUUCAAGCUGGUGAAAAAAUAGGAAUCGUUGGAAGAACUGGUGCCGGAAAAUCAUCUUUGAUAAAUGCGCUCUUUCACUUGUACGAAUUCGAAGGAACAAUUUUGAUAGACAACGUCGAUAUAAAAACGGUUCCUCUUGGCACUCUGAGAUCUCGAAUAGCGACUGUUCCUCAAGAUCCGGUUCUUUUCUCAGGUACCAUACGCGAAAAUUUAGAUCCUUUCAAAGAAUUCACGGACUGCGAGUUAUGGAGUGUUUUAGAAGAAGUCCAUCUGAAAGCGAUUAUUUCAAAUUUACCAUCUGGUUUGGACAGUUCUCUUUCGGAAACCGGGCUCAAUUUUAGUGCGGGACAGAAACAACUAAUGUGUUUAGUUAGAGCUAUUUUGAAAAAAUGCACAAUUAUUGUUCUUGACGAAGCAACUGCCUUUCUGGACUUAGACACCGACAAAUUAAUUCAAGCUACAAUUCAGAAGAGAUUUCAUAAGGCAACGAUUUUAAGAAUUGCUCACAGAUUGGACAGUGUGAUGAAUUCCGAUAAGAUCUUGGUUUUAGAUGAUGGCUGUGUUGUAGAAUUUGGUACCCCAAACGGACUUCUACAAAAUGUGAAUGGUUAUUUUUACAGAUACGUCCAUGAAUAUGAAAGCUCGUCGUUAACUAUGUAG